AUGGGCUCCUCUCAGUCUAUCGUUACAGCGCUAGAAACGGUGUUAAAGCAACGAGACAUAAAAGUUGCCAAUCGGACACUUAAAAAUUUUGUCAAAGAAAUUGAUCGGGUGGCUCCCUGGUAUGUUUGCUCCGGGUCCUUGACUCUUGCCUCAUGGAAUAAAUUAGGUAAAGAUCUUGAUAAAAAACUGGCAGAAGGGGAAUUGAGACAGGGGACAAGGGCCAUUUGGAAACUUAUUAAGAACUGUUUAGAGGAUGAAGCCUGUCGGGCUGUUGUAGCGGAGGGACGAAAUGUCCUUGAAGAAGUCCAGGAUAGCAUGUCAGAAACUGAGCGUAGUGAGAGGUUGGGCGCGCGCAAGAAAAAACCAGUCCCAAUUAAGGAAAAUGGCCCCCCCGGUGCGUCUAAUGACAAGGGGGUGUAUGCAUCGGACCCUAGAGGUCCCUUGCCUGUUGUAAGAAAGAAAGGAAGUACUAGUCUAUACCCUUUACAAGAGCUUGAAGCUUUAAUUGCCGAUAGCUCCGAUGAUUCUAAAAGUUCAGAAGAAGAAGACUUAGACCCUGAGGAAGAAGCUGAACUAGAGGAGGAAGAAGCCAGAUAUGAGGAGGAGAGGUAUCAUCCUGAUGAUCACUUGCGGAGUAAGAGAGAGCCCCGAAAGCGGCAGCCUUAUGCAGCCUCCCCGCAGGUAGUCCCUUCAGCGCCCCCUCCUUAUGAAAUGCGCCGGAAGUCCUUCUCCUUCCUCCCGGAGAAAGUAAAAAGAAAACUACACCUUGCUUAUCCUGUUUUUGAAGGCGCAGAGGGAGGACGGGUGCAUGCACCCAUAGAGUAUAAUCAACUUAAAGAAUUGGCAGAGUCGGUCAGAAAAUAUGGAGUAACAGCCAACUUUACUCUAGCACAAUUGGACAGGCUGGCCAUGGCCGCCAUGACCCCAGCUGACUGGCAGACGGUGGCGAAAGCAUCGCUUGUCAGCAUGGGCCAAUAUUUGGAAUGGAAAGCUCUCUGGCAUGAAGCUGCACAGGAGCAAGCCAGGGCCAAUGCUAUGGCUCUGACUCCGGAACAGCAACAAUGGACGUUCGACCUCCUGACAGGUCAAGGGCGUUUUGCAGCUAAUCAAACAGAUUAUCACUGGGGUGCAUAUCGGCAAAUCGCUGAUAUGGCCAUUAGGGCCUGGAAGGCACUCUCCAAAAAGGGGGAAGUGAAUAAUCAGCUCACUAAGAUUAUUCAAGGGACCCAGGAGCCUUUUUCAGAUUUUGUGGCGCGAAUGACAGAGGCAGCAGGGCGCAUCUUUGGUGAUCCUGAAACAGCCGCGCCUCUUACUGAACAGCUUAUCUUUGAGAACGCCACUCAGGAAUGUCGCGCGGCCAUAGCCCCAAGAAAGAAUAAAGGGUUACAAGAUUGGCUCAGGAUUUGUAGAGAACUUGGUGGUCCCCUUACUAAUGUAGGAUUGGCUGCUGCCAUUUUACAGUCUCAAAAGCGCCCCCUUAAAGGGCCUGACAAAAGAGUUUGCUUUAAAUGUGGAAAGCCGGGGCAUUUUAAAAAGGACUGUAGAGCAUCAGAAAGAGAAAGGGCUCCACCUACCCUCUGUACCCGCUGUGGUAAGGGCUACCACAAAGCUGAGCUAUGUCGCUCAGUAAGGGAUAUAAAGGGCAGAGUUCUCCCUCCUAUGGAGACAUUUGUGAAUAAGAAUCCAAAAAACGGGGCAGUGGGCCCUCGAUCCCAGGGCCCACAAAAAUAUGGGAACAGGUUUAUCAAGGCAACAGACGAGGCUCCCCCGGAAACGGAACAAGAGUGGACUUGUGCGCCUCCUCCGACUUCUUACUAAUGCCCCAGAUGGGGGUGCAGCCUGUCCCUGUUCAGAUGCCUACACCAUUGCCACAAGGGAGCGUAGGUCUCCUUUUAGGCCGAGGAUCGCUCACCCUGCAGGGACUAAUUGUCCAUCCUGGUAUAAUUGAUAAUCAACAUGUCCCUGAGAUUCAAGUAUUAUGUUCCAGUCCUAAUGGGGUUUUUUCUAUUAGUAAAGGAGAUAGAAUAGCUCAGCUGCUGCUCCUCCCAGGUGAUGCUCAUCAGAAAACAGAAGACAGACAGAUGGGAUCCUCAGGCCAGGAUUCAGCUUACUUAGUUGUUAGCCUCCAGGAUAGGCCAAAGUUGUCCCUCUGGGUUAAUGGUAAGCGUUUUGAAGGCAUUUUGGACACCGGAGCGGACAAAAGCAUAAUUUCCUCCCAUUGGUGGCCCAAAUCUUGGCCAACUACUGAAGCGUCACAUUCUUUACAAGGACUGGGAUAUAAUGCUCACCCAACUAUCAGCUCCUCGGUCCUUAUUUGGAGGACCAUGGAAGGACAGGAGGGACGGUUCACCCCGUAUGUACUAGCCUUGCCUGUUAACUUAUGGGGACGGGAUGUUAUGCAAGCCAUGGGACUUACUUUAUCUAAUGAAUAUUCACCACAAGCAAUCAAUAUUAUGAGAAAGAUAGGGU